GCGUGGUAUGAAUGACAGCUGGUGCGUGUGGCUGUCGGUCCGCUGGCAUAUGAUGCUCCAUCGCCCGUGAAAGCUCAUGUGCCAGGCUCUUAAGUGAACAUGGAACCCUGCUCUUGUGACACCUUUGUUGCUCUGCCGCCCUCAACGAUUGAUAACCGAAUCAUUUUUGGAAAGAAUUCAGACAGGCCCAGUGAUGAAGUGCAAGAGAUUGUUUACUUUCCUGAGAAAACCUACAGAGCUGGAGAGACGCUGGAGUGCACCUAUAUUGAAAUCGAACAAGUGGAGAAGACCAAUGCUGUGAUUUUAAGUCGGCCAUCUUGGUUAUGGGGAGCAGAAAUGGGAGCCAAUGAGGCCGGAGUUUGCAUUGGAAAUGAAGCUGUGUGGGGGAAAGAAGACAUUGAUGACAGUGAAGCGCUUUUGGGAAUGGACCUUGUCAGGCUCGGGCUGGAAAGAGCAGAUACUGCAGAGGAUGCUUUGGAUGUCAUUGUCAGCUUGUUGGCGAAAUAUGGUCAAGGUGGAAACUGCAUGGAGGACGGAACGUCGUUUACCUACCACAACAGCUUCCUUAUAGCUGAUAGAAGGGAAGCUUGGAUACUCGAGACCGCUGGCCGGUACUGGGCUGCACAAAAGAUACAAGAAGGAAUAAAGAAUAUAUCGAACAACUUGUCUAUAACCACAAAGAUUGAUCGGGAACACCCAGGAAUGAGAGAAUACGCCAAAACAAAGGGCUGGUGGGAUGGGGAAAAGGAGUUUAAUUUUGCGGCUGUGUACUCCUACUUCAACCCUUCCAGAUUGUCAUCCGCUGGAGACCGAUACUGCGAAGGAUACAGAUUACUCAGGAAACAUGAAGGAAGUAUGACGGCUGAAACUAUGAUGGAAAUCCUUUCUGAUAAGGAAAGCGGAAUUAAUAUGGAAGGGGGGUUUAUGACAACCGGGAGUAUGGUUUCCAUCCUGCCAAAGGAUCCAACCCAACCAUGUUGCCACUUCUUCACCGGAACACCUGAUCCUUCUAGAUCUGUUUUCAAGCCAUUCAUCUUCGUGCCACAAAUGAAACCUCUAAUGCUGACAGCGUCUCCGUGCUUUGGAGCAGAGGACCCCGUGAAGCAGAAACCGCGGUUUCAAAGGAAGCCGGACAGAAGACACGAUCUGUACAAGAAGCACGAAGCUGCUCUGAAAGCCAUGGAGUCGUUACAAGGAAAUGAAACUUUGGAGAAAAUUAAGAAUCUGGAAAAACAGAAAUUGAACGAGGUGGAGCGUCUCCUGAAGGCUGCGAGUUCUGACAGAACGCCGCUGGCUCUGCUGUUUUCUAGCUGCGUGGAUGAAGAAAUAAAGAUUUACGGGUAAAUGUUAUAUACGGCGCUAUUAAAGCACACAGCACUUUGUAGUAGUCUGUGUAUUUCCAGCAGUACCCCGCACGUUGUGGUUUUGUGAAAUACUUAUCUGUAGAUUUUGAAUUAUGCUUUGUGGGGUAUAAAUAAACCCUUUUUUGUCCAAA